UAAAUUCACGUACUUGUUCAGUCUCAUCAUUCAGCAAAAAUGGCCCGUAAUGAGGAAAAGGCGCAGUCCAUGCUUUAUCGAUUCCGAGAGGCCCAAGCGGCAGAGCUUGGCCUUGGGACUCGUGGUGACCGUCGGCCGCGAAUGGCAAGCGCAUGCAAAAGUUUGCGCGAAUGUGAACGAUGGAGAGGAGAAAUUCUGAGGGAAAUUAGCAGAAAAGUGUCAAAAAUUCAGGAUGGUGUGGUACUCUUUCCCGUUUAUCCAGUAGGGCGCUCUCAACACCAUUUUGUUGUAGCUGGCCUUACCGAUUAUGAAGUCCGCGAUUUAAAUGACGAGAUCAACAAAAUUUUGCGAGAGAAGCGUCACUGGGAGAAUCAAAUUGUGGCCCUCGGUGGUGCUAACUAUAGACGGAAUGUGGCCAUGCUAGACGAUGACGGGAAAGAGGUACCUGGGACGAAGGGUUACAAGUAUUUCGGACGAGCGAAAGAACUGCCAGGUGUUCGAGAACUCUUCCAGAGCCGAAAGAACGAGGAGGAAGAGGAAAAUCAGACUUUGGCGUUCUACAAAAAGUUCCUAGGACAUGGACCAGCGUACUACGGCGACACAGACGAAGUUGACGGCAAACUACUGGAAUUUGAACGGCAAGCGGAAGGAGAUGAAUGGGAAGAAGCGUAUACAAAUCUUCGAGAAACUUUGGGCCUUCCAAAUGACGAUCCCAUACCAAAAUAUCCCCGGCCGGACAUGUCGGACACCGCAGCUCUCUUGUCGCAUUCACUAGCAGCGCAAAAUGUUAAACGCAAGGCUGAGGAUGCUGAUGCUGACGAGGAAGGUUCGGAGACGGAAGAUUCAAAGCGUUCAAAGACUGGAGCAAGCGUGCCUCCACCGCGCUCAGAACCGUCGGUGGACCAAGCUUAUGCUAGCGCUCAUGCAGCAGCAUCAUAUAUACCUUUCUUGACUGCCGAAAAUCUCAUGCCUCCCAAGAUGCCCGCGCGAACAGAGAUGGAUGCGGUGCUUCUCGAUCUACGGAAGAAGGUUUUGGUCGAGGAGUAUUUUGGCGAAGAAAAGUAACUGCUAUUACGUUCUCGACGGUUUUCUCGUUAUUUAUUUAUUUCAUCGCAUGUAAUCUUAUGCAUGGUCUAUCAUUAAAUUUGAUCCACUGCUUUUUCGGCUAACGGAACUGGUGUGCGACUCACGAUUCGUACCUAGAGGAUCUGUUCCGUGUUCUCAACUUCAUUCGCAAAGUCGAAGAUCGCAGUGACUUGA